GUAACAUAGCAAAGCUUAAGCAACCAUAGAAGCACAGCUGCAAAAUGCCGCCAAAGUUUCAAGGCUCGGCCUUGGGAAUGCUAAGAAAACCUUGCACAUGUAAUGGCGAUACAAUAAAACAACACAUAUGCUAGGGCAACCCCUACCAUAAGCAGGGCGCGACUUCGGGCUCAGCUGCCGGGUCGGCACCGUGCUUGCUCAGGAUGGAAUCCAAUAUAAUGAAACUUACGGAUGGAGCAUUCUCAUUAUCUGCUGCGCGAGAGCUUGCAAGCAAGCUUGCGGGCUUUGCGAAUGAGAGCAGCUCGCCACCGCAACGAGACGCGGUGCUUGCAAGCGUGGACCUCUUCCAGGAGCAGCUUAACAAGCUAGAAGCGCUGCGGAACCGGCAGGACGCGCUGGCUGUGGAGCUCAGCCUCAAUGGCGCGGAGACGACUAGUUCCGAGGCCGCUGCAGGGACAGCCCUUGCGUCACCAGGCCCCGCGGAAGCACAAACCCAAAAGGACGCGGCGGACGCGGCGGCCUCCGCCAUGCCCGAUGUGUUCUCCGUGUCAGACCAGGUGCUCGACCGCGAGCACGUGCGCGCGCUGGCCUGGGCCGCAGCCUGCCCCCAGGAGGCAGUCCGCAAGGAGGCCCGAGCCUUCACAAAGGCCAUCAGCGAUAGGCUCUCAUUAGCGAGCAAACGGACGAAGGGGCCGGAGCGCGACAGGGCACCCAUGUUGGCAGGUGGGCAUGGAGGCGACGUGCGCGCCGGCGGCGCGCCGGCCCCAUUCAACCCCGCCGCCGCCGCGCGCCCCGGGCACGGCAUGCACGCUGGAGCGGCGGCGGGGGCGGGGCCAGGCGCGGCGGCUGUGGCGCAUGCUGCAUCCGGGGGACCAGGCGCGGGGAGAUGGGGGACGGAUGCGGGAGGGGCUGCCGGCGGCUCGUGGUUCGUGUUUGAUGACGCCGAGGAGGCGGCGCGGGCGGCGCAGCUUGCUAAAAUCGGGUCGCUGCUGCUGCCGGACACGGGCGGCAUUGCGGGCGUGCCCAUUUCCGUGGUCAAUAUCUUCCAGCAGCAGAUGGCGGCGUGCGGCGACUGGCGCGUGCGGCGUGCGGCUCUGGAGGCGCUGCGGCGCACCGCCCUGGACGUGCUGUGGCGCCUGCUGCAGAACAGCCGCGUGUUGGACUGCCUGGCGGCCUGGCUGCAGGACGCGCUGUGGGACGGCCAGGCCACCAUGCUGCGGCUGCUGCUGGACGUCAUGGCCGGACUGCCCAUGCGCCGCGACCUGCUCAAGGGGUCCAAGCUGGAGGCGGUACUUGAAGGGCUGUCGGCGCCGCUGGGCUGGGAGCUGAAGGGCCUCAAAGCAGGCGGCGUGACUGGCGCGGCGGCUGCGGCGGAGGAGCCGGGCUCGGUGGUGGGCCUGCAGCGGCGGUUCGGGGGGGCGGCGGCGGCGGUGCUCGGGGAGUGGCGCAAGGACCCGGACGCGGCCACAAUCCUGCGGCGGUCCGGCAGCACGGCGGUGCCGGACGCGCCGCCCGGCGCCCCGGUGCCGGGCUCGCGGCUGCUGGGCGCGGCGGCGCCGGCGGAGCUGCAGCGGCUCAGCAAGCGGCCCAUGCCGCUGGCGGGCACCACGGCGGCGGCGGCAGCGGCGGCGGCAGGCGCGGGCGGCGGCCUGGGGCCGGUGCCGGGGCUGGGGGCCGCAGGGUCGCGGCUGCUGGCGCCAGGCGACACGCGCGGCGGGCCGCGGCAGCGGACUGUGCAGGAGCUGCCGCUGCCGCCGCUUGCGGCGGCGGCGGGUGCGGGAGGAGGUGGCGGUGCGCUGCGGCGGGCAGCGGGCGGCGUUGGCGUGGGCGUGUCGGGGCCGGCCGUGAAGGACAUGACAGCCAAGCUGGGCGAGACGGGCCGUGUGGACACAGACGUGGUGCUGGGCUUCCGCAGCCGGGUGGGCGACGGCGCGGUGCGGCGCAGCCAGAUCUCCAUGGGCCAGCCGCGGGCCGGCGCAGGAGCCGGAGCUGUCGGCGGGGCCGCAGGCACCGGGCGCCUGGGCGGGGGCGGAGGCAUGGGCGCCCUCGGCAGCGGCACGAGCAGCGGCUCGCUGGAUGGCGUGGCGCUGCCGGGCGUGUUGUCUGGCCUGACGCUGCCGGCGGGCCUGGGGGCGGUACUGGGGGGUGAGAGCGGCGGCGGCGGCGGCGGCGGCGAGGUGGACGAGCAGGAGCUGAACGCGGCGGCGGUGGCGCGGCUGCGGGCGGAGCGGGAGGCGCAGCGGCAGGUGGCUGCCCUGGUGGCGGAGGCUCGGCGGCAGGUGGAGGUGGCGGUGGCGGAGAAGGCCUUCCGGGAGCGGGCGGAGUCGCACCGCUUGGCGGUGUCUCGGCGGGCUGCGGAGGAGCUGCAGAAGACACAGGAGAAGCAGCAAGCGGCGGCGAAGGCGGUUGCGGACAUGCGUGAGACGGUGGCCUGGGGCAGUGGGCCGCCGCUGCUUGUCAUGACCAGCACGCCAGAGCCUGCCAAGGGCGAGGAGUCGGUGGACAAGACAGAGCGGACACGUGUUCGGCGGCAGACGACCAAGGUUGUGUACCGCACACGCGACCUCGUGCCCGACACCCCCGGCGAGCCCAAGGACAGCGGCGGCGGCAAGGACGGCGGCGGCAGCAGCCCCGCCGCCAAGGCCAGCGCUGCGGUGGGCGCGCGGCCCUUCCCCUGGCUGCCGGUGGCGGAGGCGGGCGACACGGACGGGCGUAUGGACUGGUGGCGGCAAAACCUGGUGCUGUGGGAGCUGGGCGUGCGGCUGGCGGACUACGUACUGCCGCCCGCGCUGCUGCACAAGCACCUAGGGCUGGACGCGGAGCUGCUGCCGCCGCAGUACGCCGGGCCCCCCGCGCCGCCGCCCCUAGCCAUGCUGCGGCAGCUGCAGGCGACCGCCGCCGUGGCGGCGCCGCAGCCCACCGCCAAUGCGGUGGCAGCUGCGCCGCUGCCGCCUUCGGCGGCGCUGCCAGAUGCGCCGCGCCGCGCGGCGUCGCCCGACGGCUGGCGCGGCGGCCGGCCGGCGGCGGCGGCGGCGGCAGCAGGAGACUUGGCGCACAACAACCACAACCAUUACCAUCAUCAACAGCAGCAGCAACAGCAGCCGGUUUUGUCGGCAGCGUAUGGGCAGGGAGUAGGCGGCGGCGGUGCCGCUGUGGUGCUGCUGCCGCUAGGGCCACAAGGGUCGCACGCACCCCUCCACUCUGGCCGCGCCGGCGGCGCGCCCGCGUACGUCGACCAUGGCCCGCCGCCGCAAUACGCGGCGCCGCAGGAGCGCCUGCCGCAGCCACCGCCGGCAGCAGCGGCCCACAGCCCGUACGCGAGCCACGGGUACAGCGUGGAGGCUCCGGCGCCGCCGCAGCAGCAACAGUACCACUCACGGUACGAGCCGUCGCCAGCUCAGCAACCGCACCCUUCAUCACGUCCUUACGAUUAUGACUACGGUGGCGGCGGCGGCGGCGGUUACAGCGUGAACGGAAACGGUUACCCGGCGCCGCGCGAGCGCGGCGGUGGCGGCUACGCCCACUCGCCUCCGCCACCGGCGCUGACGCCUGCGCACGGGUACCCGCCGCCGCUGGCGUCGCAGCCGCCGCCGCAGACUCACGUGCGUAUGGACUCUCACCUCCGGGCAGCGCCGCCGCCGCCUCAGCAUCAGCCGCACCACCAGGGGUAUUACGAUGCGUAUGACGACCGGUACGGUGGCGGCGGCAGCGCCGAGCGGUACGACAGGGGCGGUGAGUACCGGGGUGCUGGCCGGCCGCCACCGCCGGCUGACGCUGGCUGGGGCGCGUACCAGGGUCGGCCUGGGGGAGGAGGUGGCGGUGGGUAUGGUAGAGGGGGUUACCGGCGCUGAGAGCUGCCCUACGGAGCGAGUCGUGUGUAGCGUGCGCGCGAGCGGCGUGAGACGGUGGGUGUGACGUUCUAGUCAAUGAGCCGGAGGGGCAUGCUGCGAGACGGUUGUGGCAGAUGACGUGACGUGUAGGAUUAAGACCGUGGUAUUGCAUGCUGUCGCUGGGUGACGUGGGUUGACGUCGGUUUGGCUGUCGCCUGUCGGGAUGGUGCGUGCUGCAGGGUUACCCGGGGCCGGGAUGGUGUGUGCGCGGAGAGUGAGAGGCACACACAUCUAUCGGCACAUCGUGUCCGCCACAUUCGCUGUAAUAUAGUGCUAGU